GUACUACCCGCUCUCCACCACAAGCCCUUCCACUUCCCCUUCCCCUUUUGCAGAAAAAAACGCCGUUGCACGGGGAUUAUACGCGGAAGCUCCACUGCGACGCUGCGCUACCGAAUUUACUGUCGUUAGGUGGACUACGCCAAGCAAGCCCAGCUGAGGGAAUCGUCUGCCAGCGUUGCUCUCCAUCACUACUACUACCUCCGUACUUGCAAAUCUCAUCAACACCAACACCACCACCACUCCUCCCCCAAACCCCAAUCCAAAGCCGCCUCGAUCCUGACCCCUCGAACGUCGACUUCCCAAUCUCCUGCAUUGCACGCAGUUCCCCGGCGGAUCGUCGCACUCACCGCUUGCAGAAGGUCCACACGUACGAGUGUUGGAAGAUUGAAACAUUUGGAAGGAUUGGCACCGACCGCUAUGGAUGUGUAACUAGGCCAGAACACCGCAAUACCGAACACGCACCUCAAUCUUCACCUUCCUCCUCCAGACGCCUCUCCUCUGCUCAAGUUGUGAAUCGUCGGCCGAUCCCCCUCCAUUCACUCGAAUUGUAGACUUCACUCGCAUCUGAGGUGAUCGAUCGUCAGGCGUGUCACCGAGAACUCUGAAAGCAUCUGCAUCUGCAUCUGCUUUGCAUCGGCACCUUCAUCUCCGUCUUCCCCAUCUCCCAGCACGCGAAACACUUCAAAGAGAAGCCCCACAACCGACUCCAAGACUCCAAUUCCCACCUCCACCUCACAUCACAUCACGACCGCGUCUGAUCACUGUACAUAUUAUUGAUUGAGACAUCAGUCACUGCAUCGUCCCUUCCAUACGCCCCAGCGAUAUCCGAUAUCAAAUCCUAGGUGAAGGAGCCUCGAUACAUAUUCCCCCAAUCUUCGCCUUUUCGGCCGAACAGUAUCUGCAAACAGGUCUUUGCAUUGCACGACUUCCCACCUCGAAGUGUCCACGAUCAACAAGGAGAGAAAAGGAGAAAUCAUGGAGGGCUACCGGCCACUGAGUUUGACAGAAAGGAGGGCCUCGAUGGUCUACAACAACUCCAUGGAGGACAGCGACCUAUCACCCACUUCUCGAGCGACGCUCACUCUCAACACAAAUACAAACAGUGCGCGAUUAUCUUCAAGGGUGGAGAAGAUCGUUCAAUCUCGUCCUAGAGGACCUCCGACUCCAAAUAUGACAACUCCCUCCGCGGACCCAGAUUCUCCUGCUCAUUCGAGUCACGAUCCCCCUCCACCACCGACCCCCGCUGCAAGUCCCGGUCCAGAUCGCCCACAACCGGAUUGGAGUGGUGCGGGAGAUCAAGAGGAUUUGUUUCUAUCAAAAGUCCGACAGUAUUUCAAAAACCGAUCGCCUCCUGAACAGACGAGAUUCUUGGCAGACCUAUUGAACUUGUGUACCAGCCAGCAAUUGAGCUUUGUUCGACAAUACGUAGAUCCUUUACUGAAGAAAGACCCCUUUACCAGUUUGCCAAAUGAAAUCUGUCUGAGAGUAUGUAUCUUCAUUCUAUCGAGGUCAUUCUAAGCUAAUCUUAUCAAUCGUUAGAUCCUUUCGUGUAUCGACGACCCCAAAGUUCUUGCCCGAGCAUCCCAGGUGUCACAAAGAUGGCGAGAACUUCUGGCCGACGACGUCACAUGGAUGAAGUUAUGUGCCAAGCACGAUUAUGGCAGAAAGCUGUCAGAUUCGCCCCUCAGCACCCCUCUUUUCUCCUCACUUCGCCCUCCACCACAGCCGGUCCAUAGCUAUUUUGAUGGAGAUUCAAAGUCCUACCCUACAGCCGCCCGAAGUUUUGACAGUUCUACAGCAGCUUUAAUAAGAAGACCAAAUAUGCGUUCAUACAAAUCACAUUUCAAACAGAGAUAUUUGGUGGAGACAGCCUGGAGGACCGGUGGACGUAAUAUUGCUAGACACAUAACACAGGAUCAAGGAGUGGUUACCAGCUUACAUCUUACGUCAAAAUACAUCGUGGUUGCUCUUGAUAAUGCCAAGAUUCAUGUCUUCAACACCGAUGGAAAUGCACAGAAAACAUUGCAAGGACAUGUAAUGGGUGUGUGGGCGAUGGUGCCCUUUGAGGAUACUCUUGUCAGCGGAGGUUGUGAUCGUGAUGUUCGGGUUUGGGAUAUGUCUACAGGGUGAGUUCUUUCUGGAUUUACGACAAAUUGAUGAAACUAACAAGUUGCGUAGGGAGAGCUUACAUACCCUGCGUGGACAUACUUCGACGGUUCGUUGUCUGAAAAUGGCCAAUUCUACUACAGCAAUCUCCGGGUCGAGGGACACGACUUUGAGAGUAUGGGAUAUCGAGACCGGUCUUUGCAAAAACGUUCUUGUUGGACAUCAAGCCAGUGUUAGAUGUUUAGAAAUUGUUGGUGAUAUCGUUGUUUCUGGAAGUUAUGACACAACUGCCAGAGUGUGGAGUCUUCAAGAGGGACGAUGCCUGCGUACUCUUUCCGGCCAUUUCUCCCAGAUCUAUGCUAUCGCCUUUGAUGGUAAACGAGUCGCAACAGGUAGUUUGGAUACAAGUGUCAGGAUAUGGGAUCCAACGAACGGGUAUGUAUAAUGAGGCUAUCGGCUGAUCAUAACUAACAAAUUGUAGUUCCUGCCAAGCCAUACUUCAAGGUCAUACAUCUUUAGUCGGUCAGCUUCAAAUGCGCGGAAACACGCUCGUUACAGGAGGUUCUGAUGGGUCGGUUCGAGUUUGGUCAUUGGAAAAGAUGGCUCCAAUUCACCGAUUAGCUGCCCAUGAUAAUAGUGUCACCAGUCUACAAUUCGAUGAUACUCGUAUUGUCAGUGGUGGCAGCGACGGACGAGUCAAGGUCUGGGAUCUUAAAACUGGGCAACUUGUUCGAGAACUUACAGCCCCAGCUGACGCAGUCUGGAGGGUCGCAUUCGAGGAUGAAAAAUGUGUUGUCAUGGCCAGUCGAUCAAAUCGCACAAUUAUGGAGGUUUGGUCGUUUUCUCCACCGGAAGAACAGCUCUAUGAAACAAACGUCUUCCUUGGAAAUCGAUCGGUUACUGCACCUCAACGACCUCUUAGCGCUAUUGAGUAUAGGUCGAGCGCAACACCAGAUCAGCCAAUGUCAGGUUUGUUACCACAAGAAGCGACUUACGUUAAUCGUGAUGUUGACAUGAAGGAUGCUGGACCUUCGACUGCGCCCCCUCAAGCUACAGGUCCCACUUUUUUCAACGAUGAGGACUGAGAUGUUUAAUGCUUAUCAACCAGUUCGAAAUAAUAAAAAGCCCGACUAAUAUUCGAGCUGAUGCCCGUCGCCAGAUACGUUGUUUAUUUGUUUUAUUUUUGGCGACCAAUGGGACCUCCACCGAAUCCUAUUGCGAAUGAGGGGGCCUACUUAAAGAUCCAAGCUGGAAAACCAGAAGUGUUGAUACUUAUUGUAUCAAAUCUUUCGGAUUCGGGUAUAAAUUAUACAUGUCUGAUUAGACAUCGGCAUACGAUUUCGUUUCUUUGUCCUCGGCGUCCUUUUAUGCAUUUCUUUCUCUCGAUAUAUCUCUGGUCCAUUCAGUGCAUGGUAUCGCAUCGCAUGCAUUCGUUGAGGCGUUUGGAGAACAACAUUUGUUUGAGUUUACUUUCUUGUUUCCUGCCUGAUACCAUGAAUGCUGAAUGGGUAAGAGUGCAAGGACGCUAAUAAUACCGAGGGACCAGAUGGUUCGAUUUCUUCUUCUACAGCUUCUCUUCUUUUUUUUGCAUUGUCUCGUGUUGCUUGUGUUCUUGAUAGAAUAUGGAAACCUGUCAGUUUUAAGGGAAAUUGGUUUGGGGUUGUGGAACUGGAUGGAUGGGAAUUCGGCAGCGGACGUUUUUGUUUUGGGGGGUGGGGAAUGGGGUUUGCAUGGCGCUUGUGUUUUUUAUAUCAUACUUUCCCUUUCUCCUUUUUGAUUGUGGUAGAGCGAAAGAAAGUGAUAGGAAGAAGAAAAGAACGAAAGAAAACCUUGACGUUUUUUUUCCUUCGUUUUCUUGGCUUUCGCUUAGCGUCUAGGAGAGAUGAGCGGGAUAGAAAGUUGAUUACAUUAGAGCGAGGAAUAGGAAUAAAAGAAUAUUACACUUAAUA